GCUCUAUUGACUAACUGUCCACUUCACACGCGCACAUAUCCCGCUUCAUCGUUCGCCAAGCCUCUCCUUUUACCUCUCCCAUUAUAUAUUCCUCAGCUCUCAUUCUUCACAAAUCGCAAAAUAGCAUAAACAAACAAAACAGAAAAAGAGAAAAUGGCGGAUCUUCAUCAACAACAUCAGCAACCAAUGACGAGAAAUCUCCACGAAUCAUCAUCCUCACCAUCGACACGGCAAACCGUGAGAUUCCUAACGGCGGCGACGAUCGGCAUGUCACUGCUCGUGCUCUCGGGAUUAACGCUCACCGGAACCGUGAUCGGUCUAGUCGUAGCGACGCCGUUGAUGGUUCUUUUUAGCCCCGUGCUUGUGCCUGCGGUGAUAACAAUGUGCCUUUUGACAGCGGGAUUCUUGUUUUCCGGUGGCUGUGGGGUGGCGGCAGCGACGGCUUUAUCGUGGAUCUAUAGGUACGUCACCGGAAAACAUCCCAUGGGAGCGGAUAAAGUGGAUUACGCGAGGAUGAUGAUUUCGGAGAAGGCUAAAGAGUUGGGACAUUAUGCUCAGCCCCAAACGGACCAAACCACAACAGCUCCUUAUUAGUCAAUAAAUGCUAUAUAGAUCUAUGCAACUUCUAAUUUGUGUUCAAUUUUGGAUUUUUUUUAUGGUUUCAGCUCGCCACCUUAACUUUUCUUUUAAUGUUUUAACUUAUCCUACGAAUGCGUUUUUCUUUCUUUCUUUAAGCCUACGUACUGGCCAUCUGUUUGGGACAAAAUAGAUAUGAUCUUCUUGGAUAAAUAUAUGAAGUUUCUUCCAGAUGA